GUUUAACAUCAUUUACUGCUGCUGUACUUUUAAAUUACCAGUUUGAGGUCCAUUAUGUUUCUCUCCCGAAAGGAAAUCGUAUCGCUAUUGCUCCUGCUAACGGCGAUCAUUAGUGUGCUGAACGCGUCGGUCUUUGCGAAUAUCCUGCCCCUCCACGUCAGUUAUGAGCAGCUGGCCCACCAGGUUGUCUGCGUGGGAACCGCCUACAUUUGCCUGAUUUACGCCUUCAGCACCUGGCUCUACCACUCGAAUUAUUCCAGGACCCGUUUCCACAUGCGAAUGGUGCUGGUGACCAUGAUUGUGUUUACGGUGUUGUUCAACUGCAUAACCACCUAUCUGUUCUAUAAGAAAGUGUCUUUUGCCAGGCUGGAGGAAUCGAUGAAUCUGUUUUUGCUAUUCAGCAAAUUUUCGGUCGCCUCAAAGUCGGUCAGCUUGGGCAUAUCGGUCGUCACCGUUUUGCUGCUUUUCCUGAUCAUGGUGGUGGUCAUUGUGACGAUGGUGCAGUCAAGGAGAAGACACAAUCGCGAGGAUAAACAUGGGAGUAUCGAGUCGCAGGAACUGAAAAAGUAGUCACCCAAGCGGGAGUGUGCAUUAAGUUUGGUUUUCAUGCAACGCCAAAUAUUUCAUGUCGCUGCAAUGUGGCGCCGCAGUUGCAAUAAUAUAAAUAUUAUACUCCCACGUCGUUUGGCACAGACAGACACGAACUGCCGCUCACCUCCUUUAUGUUUUCGCCCCUGACACACAGAUUCUGUCUGUGUGCUUUCUUCGCAGGUGAUAUAAAAAAUAUAUAAAAGGGCCUCUGUCUUUGCUUUCACAGGUCGCAGGAUGUAUGCGCUUA